AUGACCGAGAAAAAUGGAAAGCUAGCGAACAGCUACGCUUUGGUUAACUUCACAAACAACAGCAUCCGUAAGGAACAACUCUGUUUGAGGUUGCUACUUCAAGGCGAGGUUCGUGCUGGACUAACUUGGUACAUAUUUCUUCGCUACAAGGCCCAUAUCUCCUCCGAUGCUAUGUCGUUACUUAGUCCUGGCAGCCAUUCAGUCAAGAUACCCUUACCAUUCAAAGAUUCUCAGUAUGAUACGAAUAUUCUACCUCCCAGCAUGGACGAUGACAUUCGUUACAGCUGCAGCGUAACGACAAAACCUUGGGAAAUAAACGACAUAGCUGAGGAGAGGGCAAUUGCCGUUGACUAUUUUGCAGAUACGCAAGCCAAAGAGAAGUUCAAAAUGUCAUACUCAGAGAUCGUUGGCGAAUACGGAAUUGAAAUGAAGCAGCGCACAUUCCAAAGAGGAAAACAUGUAUUUGUCACUGUUAAUGGAGAGGUGCGAGCAGUGCGAUUACGACUGGAGCAGCAGAGACGAAUACGGAUCGCUGGACUGAAUGCAGACGAGAGCUACUGCACGGAAAGAGUGGUUGCAGGCAUGGACAGUCCUGAGGACAAGGACAAGUGGCCAGAGCAGUGGUCCAUGCGAAUUCCAAGCACUAUACCGCCGAGCAUUGAGAUCACAUACUGGAAUGUUCUUGCUCUAAGCUAUUCGUUAACGGUUGUUCUUGUAGCUGAGGACGGACAUGAGCAUGUUCACAAUGUUCCAGUUUGGAUAGGAUGCACAGAUGACCAUCUUCCUCCUCCGCAACCUUUACGAACAGCUCCCAAGUUGAAGCCCAAGGAGCAGAUUCACCCAGCAACAAAGCCCAAGCCUCAACUACCUGAUGAGCUUCCGGAGUUCGAAGUGGUACGAAACGAGGAGACCCACGAGAUACCAGUAUGGGUUGACAGGUACACCGAUCACAUGUAUUCAUAA